CGUGCACACAUUUUGUUCUACCGGACGGGACUCAGUUGCGCACAUAUGUUGGCCGCCGUUUCCUUGGUAACAACAUUACGUUCGCUAGUUAUCAUACACGUAACGAUUUAUUUUAACAACAUGGACAUCCAGGAACGAACUUUGAUUUCACCACAUCAUGGGUAUUCAGAUGUUGCCUCCCCUCAUUCUCCAGAUGUCCGACGCUGUGGAGACAACAUCGUGGAAAUGGUUGACAUGGAAGAAGAAAACUUUGCUAUUUCCAGUUCCUCAGCUGCAGACGCUGCUUUUGAUGGUGUUGUUGGCUGCAUAGAGGACAUCAUCAUGGAGGAGGAGUUCCAGCAACUUCAGCAGAGCUUCAUGGAGAAACACUACCUGGAGUUUGAAGACUCUGACGAGAACAAGCUCAGCUACACGGCCAUCUUCAAUGAAUAUGUUGACCUGCUGGAGAAACACCUGGAGCAGCAGCUGAUGGAGAGGAUCCCCGCCUUCAACAUGAACACUUUCAUAGGGCUGCUCAUGCAACACAAAGAGGAGGUACCAGGUGACAUCUUUGACAUGCUGCUGACCUUCACUGACUUCAUGGCCUUUAAGGAGAUGUUUCUGGAAUACAGAGCUGAGAAGGAGGGCCGAGGGCUGGACCUGAGUCGAGAACUGGUGGUCACAUCUCUGAUCCCUGCAGGCUCCAAACACAACGGCUCCACUGAAUCCCAGUGACACUCAAAGUCAAACAUUUGAAUUGCCUCCUCCUCUAUUUGUUUUUGUUGUUUGUUUGUUUUCAUGUUGUCCACGGGCAUUCAGAAAGUUGUCAGCUUGCGGUCAGGUUUUUGUUUGGUUUUCUACUCUAAUGGUGAGCUGCUUGGAUACACUCCCUAUAAAUCUACAGUCCGUGCACAAAUGACCCCUAACAGCCAAUUCAUAUGCAUUCCUCUGUGUUUUAUGUGUGUUCAAGACAAGAAGCUCUUAGUAGUUGGAGAGUGAAGAUGGGAAGGACUUCUUUCUGCUCCCCAACCACUGCACUGGACAUACUGACUACUUGAAAUACUUAAAGUUGUGUAACUGGAAUCUGCAGAUGGGAGGAUAAUCCUGAAGUUGCAGUUUCUUUUUACGUGACAUUUUAUGAAGAGUUUGCAUUCAUUAGUUCUGCCCGUUUGAGGAGAAUGGACCCAAUACUCUUGUGCUGCAUGGUACUAGAUUUGUGUUUUUCGGGUCAUCCUACUGGUUCUUGUGUAAAAGGCAUCAGCAAAUCUCCCUUGUAAGCAGGGAAACCAUUUGAUAUGAUUGAAUGUCUGCUCUCUUUGCCUGGUAUGGUAUUUUUCAUAAGAAAAGAAGAAUUAAUAUAUGUUUUAUGAAGUUAUAAAUUAUUUUGUCAAUUUGUAAUCUCAUUGGAUUGAGUUUUGUGCCUGUGAAAGUGAUUUGUAUUGUAUUUUGUGUCUGUGCAUGUGCGGGUGUCUGCAAUUAGAAAUAAGACCUACAGUAUAGUUUUCAGCACAAUGUCAAAAGUAUUUUCUACUCCUAACAUGACAGCUGUAAUUGUACACAUUUAUGUCACUGGUUAAUGUUUUAUUUGUUUGUAAAAAAUGUAUUUUUAAAUAAACUGGUAAAAGCCUUACAUUAAAAUCA